GCUGAAACAUAGCCGGUAUUAUCACACACCAUAUGGCUGCAAGAGCUUUGCUGGUGGUUUUCCUCCCACUUCUCCUUCUGGUUGUCGCUUCCAGUGCCGACGACGGCGCCUAUGGCCUGCAGCCCAUAAGCCGGAGGAGCUUCCCCAAGGGCUUCAUCUUUGGGACGGCCUCCUCGUCCUACCAGUAUGAGGGUGGUGCAAUGGAGGGGGGUAGGGGAUCAAGCAUCUGGGACAACUUCACUCACCAGCACCCAGAAAAAAUCACCGACAGGAGCAAUGGGGAUGUGGCAGUGGACUCCUACCAUCUUUACAAGACAGGAAGAUGUGCGCCUCAUGAAGGAUAUGGGAAUGGACGCAUACAGAUUCUCCAUCUCAUGGACGAGAAUUCUUCCAGAUGGAACUCUGAGAGGUGGAGUCAACCGAGAAGGCAUUAAGUUCUACAACAACUUGAUAGAUGAGCUGUUGUCCAAAGGGGUGCAACCAUUUGUGACCCUUUUUCACUGGGACUCUCCACAGGGAUUGGAAGAUAAAUAUGGAGGAUUUCUUAGCCCUAAUAUCAUAAAUGACUAUAAAGACUUUGCUGAAGUAUGCUUCAGAGAAUUUGGAGAUCGGGUGAAGCAUUGGAUCACAUUGAACGAGCCCUGGUCCUUCAGCGUUUCAGGUUAUGCAGGGGGCGUAGCUGCACCUGGCCGGUGUUCUCCCUGGGAGGAGGCAAACUGUAGCACUGGGGAUUCAGGGAGGGAGCCAUACAUUGUCAGCCACCAUCAGAUACUCGCUCAUGCAGAAGCCGUGAGAUUGUAUAAACAGAAAUAUAAGGGCGUGCAAAAGGGCAAGAUUGGAAUAGCUUUGGUCUCAUAUUGGGCUACUCCCUUGUCCGGUACAAAAUCUAGUAUUGUUGCGAUGAAACGAGCUAUAGAAUUCAUGCUUGGAUGGAAUAAAAAAAACUGUAGGUUUUUGGACCCGCUCAGCAGAGGAGACUAUCCCGAGAGCAUGAAAGUACUGGUCGGAAACCGCCUGCCACAGUUCACCAGACAACAGUCUAAAUUGGUGAAGGGUGCAUUUGACUUCAUUGGAAUCAACUACUAUAGUACAAACUACGUUUAUAGCAUUCCUCCGUCUAAUUGCUUGAGGAACAGCUACUCUACUGAUGCUCAAGCUAAUCUUACGGGUGUUCGAAAUGGUGUCCCCAUAGGUCCUCAGGCUGCUUCGCCUUGGCUCUACGUCUACCCUCAAGGCCUCCAUGAUCUGCUACUUUUUCUCAAGGAAAAGUACCACAAUCCAACCAUCUACAUCACUGAAAAUGGAUUCGAUGAAGCCAACAACAAGAGCCUACCACUAAAUGAAGCCCUCAAGGAUGACGCCAGGAUAGACUACCACCGUAGGCACCUUGAUGCCCUGCUGAGUGCGAUCAGGGACGGGGCAAACGUGAAGGGGUAUUUCGUGUGGUCGCUGCUCGACAACUUCGAGUGGGAGAGCGGGUACACAGUGCGGUUUGGGUUACACUUUGUGGACUACAACCAUGGUCUGAAACGGUACCCCAAGCGCUCUGCUGGCUGGUUCAAGAAUUUUCUCAAUGAUGAUCCCACAGAUAACCUGGAAACCAGCGACAAAUAAUGGAGGCGUUGUACAUAUUGCAGAUUGCAAUAGAUGCUUGCCUGAUUGUGCAGUUUGAUGGAACAAGAAAAUACUCUGCAGUGUAAAGAUCAAUGUAACAGGAGGCUUGUGCAAGAACGUAUCUAGUGAUACCAAA